ACCCCUUUCUUCCUGCCUCUCUCCCCAGAGUCCCUGCAGGAGGCAUCACCCAGGCUGGCAGAUCAUGGUGGCAGCAGCGGGGGUGGCUGGGAAGUGAAACGGAGCCAGCGGCUGAGGAGGGGCCCUAGCAGCCCCCGAAGGUCCUAUCAGGACAUGGAGUAUGAAAGACGGGGUGGUCGUGGGGACAGGACUGGCCGCUAUGGAGCCACCGACCGUUCCCAGGACGACAGUGGGGAGAACCGCAGCCGGGACCAUGACUACCGAGACAUGGACUACCGCUCGUACCCCCGCGAGUAUGGCAGCCAGGAGGGCAAGCACGACUAUGACGACUCCUCCGAGGAGCAGAGUGCAGAGGAUUCCUACGAGGCCUCCCCGGGCUCCGAGACUCAGCGUAGGCGGCGGCGGCGGCACAGGCACAGCCCCACUGGCCCGCCGGGCUUCCCCCGAGACGGCGACUAUCGGGACCAGGACUAUCGCACGGAGCAAGGGGAGGAGGAGGAGGAGGAGGAUGAGGAGGAGGAGGAGGAGAAGGCCAGUAACAUCGUCAUGCUGAGGAUGCUGCCACAGGCAGCCACUGAGGAUGACAUCCGUGGCCAGCUGCAGUCCCAUGGCAUCCAAGCGCGUGAGGUCCGGCUGAUGAGGAACAAAUCCUCAGGUCAGAGCCGGGGCUUCGCCUUCGUCGAGUUUAGUCACUUGCAGGACGCUACACGAUGGAUGGAAGCCAAUCAGCACUCGCUCAACAUCCUGGGCCAGAAGGUGUCCAUGCACUACAGCGACCCCAAGCCCAAGAUCAAUGAGGACUGGCUGUGUAAUAAGCCUCGGCUUUGGCCUGUCUCCUCACCCUCCUUCACCAGCUACAGCAAACCUCUGGUUUCCCCGCAAACCCACACCAAACCAGACGUCCGGGUCUCCUCAGAUCAGACAGCCCUGCUGACCUGCCCAAGCCGAUGUGGAGUCCAGAACUUCAAACGCCGUGAGAAGUGCUUCAAAUGCGGUGUGCCCAAGUCAGAGGCAGAGCAGAAGCUGCCCCUGGGUGCCAGGCUGGAUCAGCAGACGCUGCCGCUGGGUGGACGGGAGCUGAGCCAAGGCCUGCUCCCCUUGCCGCAGCCCUACCAGGCCCAGGGAGUGCUGGCCUCCCAGUCCCUGUCCCAGGGCUCAGAGCCAAGCUCCGAGAAUGCCAAUGACACCAUCAUUUUGCGCAACCUGAACCCACACAGCACCAUGGACUCCAUCCUGGGGGCCCUGGCACCCUACGCAGUGCUAUCCUCCUCCAAUGUCCGAGUCAUCAAGGACAAGCAGACGCAACUGAACCGCGGCUUUGCCUUCAUCCAGCUCUCCACCAUCGUGGAGGCAGCUCAGCUGCUACAGAUCCUGCAGGCCCUGCACCCGCCGCUCACCAUCGAUGGCAAGACCAUCAACGUUGAGUUUGCAAAAGGUUCUAAGAGGGACAUGGCCUCCAACGAAGGCAGCCGCAUCAAUGCUGCCUCUGUGGCCAGCACUGCCAUUGCUGCGGCCCAGUGGGCCAUCUCACAGGCCUCCCAGGGUGGGGAGGGUGCCUGGGCCACCCCCGAGGAACCAUCGGUCGACUACAGCUACUAUCAACAGGAUGAGGGCUAUGGCGGCAGCCAGGGCACAGAGUCCUCCCUCUAUGCCCAUGGCUACCUCAAGAGCGCCAAGGGCCCUGGCAUGACUGGAACCAAAGGGGACCCGGCUGGAGCAGGUGCCGAGGCCUCCCUAGAGCCGGGGGCAGAUUCUGUGUCGCUGCAGGCUUUCUCCCGCGCCCAAGCUGGUGCCGCCCCUGGCAUCUACCAGCAGUCGGCAGCCGAGGCCAGCGGCAGCCAGAGCGCUGCUGCCAACAGCCAGCCAUACACCAUCAUGUCACCUGCUGUGCUCAAAUCUGAGCUCCAGAGCCCCACCCAUCCCAGCUCUGCCCUGCCACCAGCCACCAGCCCCACCGCCCAGGAGUCCUACAGCCAGUACCCUGUUCCUGACGUCUCCACCUACCAGUACGAUGAGACAUCCGGCUACUACUAUGAUCCUCAGACUGGCCUCUACUACGAUCCCAACUCCCAGUAUUACUACAAUGCUCAGAGCCAGCAGUACCUGUACUGGGAUGGGGAGAGGCGGACCUACGUUCCUGCCCUGGAGCAGUCAGCCGACGGGCAUAAGGAGACAGGGGCGCCUUCCAAGGAGGGCAAAGAGAAGAAGGAGAAGCACAAGACCAAGACGGCCCAGCAGAUCGCCAAGGACAUGGAGCGCUGGGCCCGCAGUCUCAACAAGCAGAAAGAAAACUUCAAAAACAGCUUCCAGCCUAUCAGCUCCCUGCGGGACGAUGAGAGGCGGGAGUCAGCCACCGCAGAUGCGGGCUACGCCAUCCUGGAGAAGAAGGGAGCACUCGCUGAGAGGCAGCACACCAGCAUGGAUCUCCCGAAACUGGCCAGCGACGACCGCCCAAGCCCACCCCGAGGGUUGGUGGCCGCCUACAGCGGGGAGAGUGACAGUGAGGAGGAGCAGGAGCGAGGCGGCCCGGAGCGGGAAGAGAAGCUCACAGACUGGCAGAAGCUGGCCUGCCUGCUCUGCCGGCGCCAGUUCCCCAGCAAGGAGGCGCUCAUCCGGCACCAGCAGCUCUCCGGGCUCCACAAGCAAAACCUUGAGAUUCACCGGCGAGCGCACCUGUCAGAAAAUGAACUAGAAGCACUUGAGAAGAAUGACAUGGAGCAAAUGAAGUACCGGGACCGGGCAGCCGAACGCAGAGAGAAGUAUGGCAUCCCUGAGCCACCAGAGCCUAAGAGGAGGAAGUAUGGUGGCAUGUCUGCCGCCUCCGUAGACUUUGAGCAGCCCACGCGGGAUGGCCUGGGCAGUGACAACAUCGGCAGUCGCAUGCUCCAGGCCAUGGGCUGGAAAGAGGGCAGUGGCCUGGGUCGCAAGAAGCAGGGCAUUGUGACACCCAUUGAGGCCCAGACACGGGUGCGGGGCUCCGGUUUGGGUGCCCGAGGCAGCUCCUAUGGGGUCACCUCCACCGAGUCCUACAAGGAAACAUUGCACAAGACAAUGGUGACCCGCUUUAACGAGGCCCAGUGAGGACCUGUGAGAGCUACUUCGACAUCUGCUCCUACCAGCCCGGGACGGGAAGAAUGAAAUGUCUGCUGUUCUGAGCAGGGCUCUGCACCUGUUCACCAGCCCACUCCCCAGCCAGACAGGCCCUGACCACGUCAGACUUUGAGUUGGUGACUUGUUGGAAAACUGGGCUAGGAUCAAGUUCUUUUUGUAAUAAAAGCUGAAAAGUCCA